UCCCCGGACGGCGACGGCGAGUGAACUCCGGCUCACCAUCCCCGGUGUGUCCCUCCCCCACCUCUUGCCCAGCUCUCCUCCAUCGACGCUUCCACGGGCGCCUCGCUGCUUGGGUUGGAAGCAGCUACUGCAAGGGCCACGACGACGAGAAGGGCAACAAGAAGCCCGCCUCGCCGGCGGCAGGCACAAGCCUGAUCACUGCAAGCGCCUGCUCUGCGAGCAGAACCUACUCACUUCCGUCGUUCGACUUUUUAUGUCGGGCGCAGCCGAUGCCGCCGCCGCCGCCGCAGUCCGUCGACUCCUAGUCACCGGCGUACGCCCGAACAACCACCUCCCACCGCUCGCAGUGAAGCUCCUCCACGGCCGCCUCCUCCGCCUCGACCUCCUCACCGACCUCUUCCCGCUCCUCCUCCGCGCCGUCACCUCCUCCGGCCUGCACCUCCACGCCCUCCGCAUUCACUCCCUCCUCCACAACCCCUCCCACCUCACCUUCCCCUUCGCGCUCAAGGCCGCCUCCCGCCUGCCCGACCCUCUCCCAGCCGGCGCGCAACUCCAUGGCCAAUCCCUCAAGCUCCCGUACCACUCCAAUCCCCACGUCCUCACAUCCCUCCUCAGCCUGUAUGCAAAAUGCGGCCGUCUGCACGACGCCCAGCGGGUGUUCGACGAAAUGCUCCAGCCCAGCACCGUUUCUUGGACCGCGCUCAUCACCGCCUACAUGGACGCUGGGCGCUUCCAGGAAGCCGUCGGCGUUGCGAGGAAUGCGUUCGCGAGUGGCAUGCGUCCAGACGGCUUCACGGCCGUGCGGGUACUUACUGCAUGUGCUCGUGUCACCGAUUUGGUGACCGGUGAGGCAGUGUGGAGGUUGGCAGAGCAGGAGGGGAUCGCUGGGAGCGUGUUCGUGGCCACUGCGGCGUUGGACUUGUAUGUCAAGUGCGGCGAGAUGGAGAAAGCUAGAGAGGUGUUUGACAGGAUGCAGGACAAGGAUGCGGUGGCUUGGAGUGCUAUGGUUGGGGGUUAUGCCUCCAACGGAUUACCACGAGAGGCUCUGGAACUAUUCUUUGCAAUGCAGGCAGAGGGAAUGCGGCCGGAUUGCUACACGGUAGUUGGGGCACUAUCAGCGUGCACAAGGUUGGGUGCAUUGGAUUUGGGUCGGAGGGCAGUCGGGAUGUUGCGCUGGGAUGAGUUUCUUGACAAUCCAGUCCUGGGUACCGCACUGAUCGAUAUGUAUGCCAAGUGUGGGAGCACGGGUGAGGCAUGGACAGUGUUCCAGCAGAUGAGGAAGAGAGACAUCGUUGUCUGGAAUGCGAUGAUCUUGGGGCUUGGUAUGACUGGCCAAGAGAAGAUUGCAUUUGCGCUUGCUGGUCAGAUGGAGAAGUCAGGUAUGACACUGAAUGAUAAUACCUUUCUUGGAUUGCUCUGCAGCUGUACACAUACUGGCCUUGUAAAAGAUGGUCGGUGGUAUUUUCGUAACAUGACUCAGUUAUACCAUAUAAGCCCUAGGAUUGAGCAUUAUGGUUGUAUGGUUGACCUGCUCAGUCGUGCGGGGUUGCUGGAGGAGGCGCGCCAGAUGAUUGAAGACAUGCCAAUCCAGGCCAAUGCUGUUAUAUGGGGUGCGCUCCUUGGUGGUUGCAAGAUCCACCGGGAUGCUGACCUUGCUGAACAUGUGCUGAAGCAGCUCAUCAGGCUGGAGCCAUGGAAUUCUGGAAAUUACGUCAUGCUCUCUAACAUAUACUCUAACAGUGGAAGAUGGGAAGAUGCAGCAAAGCUCAGGUUGGAAAUGAAGGAGAAGGGGGUUGAGAAGGUCCCUGCAUCUAGCUGGGUUGAAUUUGAUGGUAAGGUCCAUGAAUUCCGUGUUGGAGACAAGUCGCAUCCCCUCUCAGAUCAAAUUUACAUGAAGCUUGAGGAAUUGGGCAUGGAAAUGAAGGCUAUGGGUUAUAAACCUACUACUGAGGUGGUGAUGUUUGACAUUGAAGACGAAGAGAAGGAGCAUACGCUAGUGCAUCACAGCGAAAAGAUAGCCAUUGCAUUUAGCCUUCUUACUACUAAGCCAGGCGAGACCAUAAGGGUCACCAAAAACCUCCGGGUUUGCAGUGACUGUCACACUGCCAUCAAACUCAUCUCGAGGAUAACCAAUCGUGAAAUUAUUGUUCGAGAUAAUAAUCGAUUUCAUUGCUUCAGAGAUGGUCAUUGCUCUUGUAAUGACUACUGGUAGUAUACAGACAACUUCCUGAUGCAGUUUUGAGCAGCAGGGAAAGUUGAAAGCAUCAUUGUCAUUUUGAUGUAAAACUGUAGUCAGGCUAGAGUUGUAAUUGGAGCAUAGGAGAGGUAGACUAUAAGGCAGGCUAACACUGCAAUGUUAUAUUUUUUUCCUCCCCAUUCUAUUGUUUUCUCCUGAGAGGAA